AUGGGAGCCCUCCCUGUUCACCUCUCCCCACUCCUCCUUUUCUCCCUGCUCCUCCUGGCCCACCCCUGCACUUCCUUCAGGCCACAGGUGGUGGAGCGAGCGUCUGGCCCCGAGCAGCCUCAGCCCUUGGGCAACUCUACAGGGUCCGGAAAGCGGACGUGUGCGGGCAUUGUGGUGUGUAAACCUGGUAUUCUGCUGCCAGUGUGGCUCCCGCUCAACCCUCCACUGGGGGAGCAGGCGGGAAGGGCUCUCAUCUACUUCCUCUGUCUCAUGUACAUGUUCCUGGGUGUGUCCAUCAUCGCAGACCGCUUCAUGGCAUCCAUUGAAGUCAUCACCUCUCAGGAAAAGGAGGUGACCAUCACCAAACCUAACGGUGAAACUACAAUAACUACAGUGAGAGUCUGGAAUGAGACCGUGUCCAACCUCACUCUCAUGGCCCUGGGGUCCUCUGCGCCUGAGAUCCUGCUUUCUGUUAUUGAGGUGUGUGGGCACAACUUUGAUGCAGGGGAGCUCGGCCCAGGCACCAUAGUGGGCAGCGCUGCCUUCAAUAUGUUUGUGAUAAUCGGUCUAUGUGUGUGGGUGAUCCCUGACGGAGAGUCUCGCAAGAUCAAACACCUGCGUGUGUUUUUUAUUACGGCUUUCUGGAGUAUUUUUGCCUAUGUUUGGCUCUACCUCAUACUGGCUGUCAUCUCACCAGGGAUUGUAGAGGUGUGGGAGGCCGUAGUGACACUGCUUUACUUUCCGGUGUGUGUGAUCUUGGCUUGGAUUGCUGACCGUCGCCUACUCUUCUACAAAUACAUGCACAAGCGUUAUCGUGCUGACAAGCGUCAUGGCAUCGUGGUGGAAAUGGAAGGUGACCUUGCGCCCAAAGGCGUUGAAGUGAUCAUGGAUGGAAAGUUGUCAGAUGGCAGUUUGUGCCCUGGAAACUCCUCCAGUGUGACAGUGUCUGUGCAGACAAAUGAACUAGACCAGAACAAAGAUGAGGUGGUCCGCAUCCUUAAAGACCUGAAGGAGAAACAUCCAGACAAAGACCUCGACCAGCUGAUUGAGAUGGCCAACUACUCUGCCCUGGUCCACCAGAAGAAGAGCCGUGCCUUCUACCGUGUCCAGGCGACACGCAUGAUGAUCGGUGCUGGUAACAUAUUAAAGAAACAUGCUGCUGAGCAGACACGCCGCUCAGGAGGCCAGGAGGCUGACAAGGCCACAUGCUCACACAUUUGUUUUGAAAGUGCCCAGUACCAGUGCACUGAGAACUGUGGCACUCUGAGCCUUGGGGUGAUCCUUGAUGGGGGCACAGGUCAGAACACUUUCUAUGUGGACUACUGUACAGAAAAUGGCUCCGCCAAUGCUGGGGCAGACUAUGAAUUCACUCAGGGAACCCUGGUGUUUAAGCCAGGGGAGACCCGCAAAGAGAUCAAGGUGGGUAUCUUGGAUGAUGACAUCUUUGAGGAGGAUGAGCAUUUCUUUGUGCAUCUUCAGAAACUGAGGGUAGAAGAAGGUGAAAAUGAAGGGGCAGGAACUCCACCCAAGGGUAGACUAGUGGAGCCACUGGUUGCCACUAUCACUAUCUUGGAUGAUGACCAUGCUGGCAUCUUCACCUUUGGUCAGCGGGUACUGCGGGUGAGUGAGAGCACAGGCACGUUGAUGGUGACAGUGGUGAGGAACUCAGGGUCCAGGGGCACUGUUGCUGUGCCAUACCAUACAGAGGAUGGCAGUGCCAAAGCUGGGGUGGACUAUGAGGAGAACAGAGGGGAGUUGGAAUUCACCAAUGAACAGACCAGUCAGACCUUACAAGUGCGCAUCAUAAAUGUGGAAGAAUAUGAGAAGCAGGAAAACUUCUUCAUUGUGCUUGAAGACCCCAAAUGGCUGAAGCGAGGACUCUCUGCAUUGCUGCUAAACCAAGGAAACCCCACCCCCGAGGAGGAAGAGGCAAGGAGGAUCUCUGAGAUGGGUAAACCCAUUCUAGGAGAGCACAGCAGCCUAGAGGUCAUCAUAGAGGAGUCCUGUGAGUUUAAGAACACUGUGGACAAACUCCUAAAGGACACCAAUCUGGCUGUGGUGAUUGGCACUCAUUCGUGGAGAGAGCAGUUCAUUGAAGCAGUCACAGUCAGUGCAGGUGAUGGAGAUGAAGAAGAGGGACAAGAGCAGCGAAUGCCAAACUGCUUCGACUAUUUCAUGCACAUAUUGUGCAUUUUUUGGAAGAUUUUGUUUGCAUGUGUUCCGCCAACCGAGUACUGGAAUGGCUGGGCAUGCUUCAUAGUGUCAAUCUCUGUCAUUGGUGUCUUAACGGCCAUUAUCGGGGACCUAGCCUCCCAUUUUGGCUGCACUGUAGGCCUGAGAGAUGCUGUCACAGCAGUGGUCUUUGUAGCACUGGGGACUUCACUUCCUGAUACCUUUGCCAGUAAAGUGGCUGCCACUCAGGACCAGUAUGCAGAUGCAUGUGUGGGAAAUGUGACAGGAAGCAAUGCAGUUAAUGUGUUUUUGGGCAUUGGAGUGGCCUGGUCUGUGGCUGCUGUAUAUUGGGAAGUCAAAGGGAAGGUCUUCCGUGUGGACCCUGGCUCGCUGGCCUUCUCCGUCACACUCUUCACCAUUUUUGCCUUCUUCAGUAUGGGAGUGUUGAUGCUACGCCGGAAACCGUCCAUAGGUGGCGAACUGGGAGGUCCACGGAUCCCCAAAGUCCUCACUUCACUGCUUUUCUUUGGACUGUGGUUUCUCUACGUCCUCUUCGCCAGCUUAGAGGCCUAUUGCCAUAUACAAGGCUUCUGAGAGAGCACAGCUGGGAGAGUAAGGACCUCGCACUCACAAACACACACAUCACCAGGACAUUGAC